AUGGCGAGUGAGGAGUACCCGGACACUGUGAGGGAGAUGAGUCGCCUCCUGCAGAAGGCCGCCCUCACACAGGACGCCCACACGCCCCCAGACACUCCCCCCGCCCACACGCCCACGCCCCCGGAGUCCCCCGCCCACACGCCCCCGCCCUGCCACGAGGGUGGACACCCUCAGGCCGGGGACGACUCUGGCGGCCAAGUGGGUGGCGCCACAGAGGAAGUGGGUGGGUGUAGCGAAGUGGGCGGCGCCACAGAGGAAGUGGGUGGGUGUAACGAGGUGGGCGGCGCCACAGAGGAAGUGGGCGGCGCCACAGAGGUAGCGGGCGGGUGUAGCGAGGUGGGCGGCGCCACAGAGGAAGUGGGCGGGUGUAGCGGAGUGGGCGGCGUCAGCAGUGUGGCGCUGCCGGCUAGCGAGAGUGGACCAGCGGCCGCCCACGCCCACCAUGGGGUCAACCCAGGGGGGCCGGACCCCGCUGGGAAUGGACGUACUGCCGCCAAAGCUGUGUACCCCGAAGACUAUAACUACCUCAAGGGCCUCGUGCCCGAGCUCAAGGCUGAGGUCCGUGAGCGGGACGUCAAGAUCAACAUGCUGGAGGCUGACACCCUGGACCUCAGACGUCAGCUUAAGAGGAAGACGGAACAGCUUAACAAGCUUCAGAGAGAAGUCCAUAAGCUCAAG